AGUGGCAGAACAGCUCUUUUGACGUCAGGAACAAUCAUUACUUUCUCAUCCGGGUCCCCACCCCCCUCUUAUGGUAUUAUUUACUUUACCAAGACCACGGAGCUCGCGCUGGCUUAGUCGUUUUUAUUCAUACAUAUAUGUAUUAUUAUUACGGGGGAGGAGGGCGUUUUGGAUUAUAUCCAGUUUAAUCUGGAGCUGAUCUGUUUAGCUGGGGGAGCGUGUGCACAGCGAGGGAAUAUUCUGGCCCGACUAUCCAAGUCUUUACAGAUGAAUAUUUAAUGGAUCCGGAAUGGAGAUAGCCUUGGUAAGUUUUGAGAACGGUGGGGCCAAGGGGAGCGGAGGCAGCGCAAGCGAAGCCUGCUCGAACGCGCUGAAUCUCCCCCAAGCGCCUUUCGCGCAAACCGGGCUCAACGAGGGCUACGGUAAUGAGCUGAACACCCUCGGCAGCCUGCAGCCGGGAUCGUGGAAAAUAAACGACAUGAACAACACCUUCAGCAGCAGCGAAAACGCCAUGGACGCGCUUCUGCGGGCGGAUCAUAGCCCCCAUCUCUUUGACGAAGACAUGCUGGACAUGGAUUUAGAACACGAGAGCAAUGAAAGGGUGCUGAUCAACAUUGCUGGUUUGAGAUUCGAGACUCAACUUGGGACCCUAAAUCAGUUCCCGGACACUUUACUGGGAGACCCCGACAAAAGGAUAAAGUACUUUGAUCCACUUCGAAAUGAGUACUUUUUCGACCGCAACCGACCAAGUUUUGACGGAAUACUUUAUUUUUAUCAGUCAGGGGGAAAAAUCCGGAGACCUGUCAAUGUGUCCAUCGAUGUGUUCGCAGACGAAAUUCGGUUUUACCAGCUGGGGGAAGAAGCGAUGGAGAGGUUCCGAGAGGAUGAAGGUUUCAUUAAAGAGGAGGAAAAGCCCUUGCCACAGAAUGAAUUCCAGAAACAGGUAUGGCUCAUUUUUGAGUACCCGGAGAGCUCCAGCCCAGCGAGGGGCAUCGCUAUCGUCUCCGUGCUGGUCAUCACCAUAUCAAUCAUCACUUUCUGCAUGGAGACGCUGCCCGAGUUCCGAGACGAGAGGGAACUGCCAGCCACCAGCAGAGCAGACAACGCCACUGAGACUCGGCCGUCUCACACUUUCUCCGACCCCUUCUUCAUCAUAGAGACUACAUGCGUGAUAUGGUUCACUUUCGAGUUAAUCGUGAGAUUCUUCGCGUGCCCAAGUAAGUCCGAGUUCUCCAAAACGAUCAUGAACAUCAUAGACAUCAUGGCUAUAAUGCCUUACUUCAUAACGCUGGGCACAGAACUGGCGGAGCAACAGGGGCAAGGCAACAACAAUGGGCAGCAGGCCAUGUCCCUGGCCAUUCUGAGGGUGAUUCGACUGGUUCGAGUGUUCCGAAUAUUCAAGCUAUCCAGACAUUCGAAGGGAUUGCAGAUUCUGGGGCAGACUCUGAAGGCCAGUAUGAGAGAGCUCGGACUUUUAAUCUUCUUUCUCUUCAUUGGGGUCAUCCUGUUCUCUAGCGCCGUUUACUUCGCGGAGGCAGAUGAGCCCGAGUCCCAUUUCUCCAGCAUCCCCGAUGCCUUCUGGUGGGCUGUGGUAACCAUGACAACUGUUGGCUAUGGAGAUAUGAGGCCCGUGACUGUAGGGGGCAAAAUUGUCGGCUCGUUGUGUGCCAUAGCAGGGGUUUUGACCAUCGCUUUGCCGGUGCCUGUAAUCGUGUCCAACUUCAAUUACUUUUAUCACCGGGAAACUGACCAAGAUCAAUCGUCUCUAAAAGACGAGCCCAACAGUGGCCGCACGAGCCCCUGUGACGAACUGAAACGGAGCCGCAGCAAAUCUUCCCUGAAAUCCACGGGGGACGUGGAAAACAAUGAUGAGGCUAAUACACCAGUCGAAAAGGCGAACAUUAAAGCAAACAGCAACAUGGACAUCAAAAGAUCCCUUUAUGCUCUUUGCUUAGACGCAAGAGAAACAGACUUAUAGCUUAAUGGGAGUGUUCGGUUAGUCAGUGAUUCAUUUAGACGGAGUUUUCGUUCGGAGAGUUUUUAUUGUAGGCUUUCACUUUGGUGUAGAAAAUACCCAGAGCGUAAACUCCAACCUUCAUGUUUAGUUGUUCCGCAGAUGAUCAACACGCUGUUGCGACAGGGGCAAUUUGAAGAGAUGAUUGCAAUUUUACUACACAAGAAUCCGAUGAUCUGAUUAUCACGUUUCAAAACGUAAAUAUUUGGAAUUAUUUCAUCAACACCAGCUACACAAACAUACAGUAUUUGCACAUCUGAGGAUCAUAUCGCAUUUGAAAAUAAUGUUAACUUGAAACGCACGGCCUCUUUGCAGAGGGAAAGUCGAGUGGUGAUAGAUUACAGCAUGACUAGAAAUAAUUACUUGUGCGCUUAGUUUGUUGUCGAGGGAUUAGGGUGUUGGGAGGCAGGAGUCUAAUCGAUCUGUCGGGUAGGCCUUAACCGAGAUGCAAUGACUAACGAAAA